AUGCGUCUCAUUACCAAAAUUAUGCUCUAUCCAACCACAACCUUGCUGUUUGUCGCGGUGCUUGCGGUUGGCCCAAGCGGGCCGUAUCUCUACAACGGCAUCAAAUCCGGGCUCGAAGCGGACCUGAAGCAUUCGCUCUUCUUGAACCGUAUCGGUCAGUGUCGAUGGCAGCCCGGUCUGACGAUCUUUCUCGCCGAUAUGCGGAUCGCUCAACGCAGCAAUACGCAGUACGUAGUUAGCGGUGUUCUGGCUGUUCGAAAAAACAUUACCCAUCCGGCUACGGCAACGGUUGCGAUCGAGAUUUGUCAGAACACAACCCACUGUCGACCGUUUUUCGAUCCACCAGUCGCAGUAGGGGACGUGUGCGAGUUUUUACGCGAUCAGCGGAACAGCUCGAUGGGAAAAGUGCUGGCACACAGCGUCCCUCCACUGGAGUGUCCUCUACGUAAGGGUUACUACCGCAUCAACGACGCCUUGGUUGACUACAAACCGUUUCGCUAUUUCUCACCGCACGUGAGCAAACUGUGGCGCAUCGAUUUAGUCGGAGAAAGUGAGGGACGGCGUAUCUUCUGCGUGAGAAUCGAGUUGUACGUGUAUAGCUGGGAAGAUAUGCUCCCGAGAUAUUAA